CGCCUCCCGGGGCCCCGCUCCCCGUGCGUCCUGUGGGGGUGGAGGCGCGGAGAGGCGGCAAGCGCAGCCGGGGAGUGGGGGGGCAGAGGCACAGACAGAGUCGCGGAGGCUCUGAGAGAGGAGACGUGGAGGGAGGGACGGAGCCCGGACAGCGGCGGACACGGCCUCGCACGCCGGGAAGAGCGCAGCGCGCACCAGGCGCCGCACGCCGGGCACGGAGAGGGGCAGCCCCGGUGGUCUGAGGCCGUCCAUGCACAGAGCGCCCUCCCCCACAGCCGACCAGCCGCCGGGCGGAGGGGACUGCGGCCGCCGGACCCCGCAGUCCAAACCCAAGCCUACUACCCGAGCCAUGGCACUGCCUCGGACAUUGGGGGAGCUGCAGCUGUACCGAGUCCUGCAGCGCGCCAAUCUCCUUUCCUACUACGAGACCUUCAUCCAGCAGGGAGGGGAUGAUGUGCAGCAACUGUGCGAGGCGGGUGAGGAGGAGUUCUUGGAGAUCAUGGCACUCGUGGGCAUGGCCACCAAGCCCCUCCAUGUCCGACGCCUACAGAAGGCACUGAGAGAGUGGGCCACCAAUCCAGGGCUCUUCAGCCAGCCAGUGCCUGCCGUGCCCGUCUCCAGCAUUCCACUCUUCAAGAUCUCUGAGACUGCGGGCACCCGGAAAGGGAGCAUGAGCAAUGGGCAUGGCAGCCCAGGGGAAAAGGCAGGCAGUGCUCGCAGUUUUAGCCCCAAGAGCCCCCUUGAACUUGGAGAGAAACUGUCACCACUGCCUGGGGGACCUGGGGCAGGGGACGCCCGAAUUUGGCCAGGUCGGAGCACUCCAGAGUCUGAUGUUGGGGCAGGAGGAGAAGAGGAGGCUGGCUCACCCCCCUUCUCCCCACCUGCAGGGGGUGGAGUCCCUGAGGGGAAUGGGGCUGGGAGUUUGACAGCAACUGGGGCUGGGGGUAGUCCAGAGAGACUGGAGCCAGAAAUGGUACGAAUGGUGGUGGAGAGUGUGGAAAGGAUCUUCAGGAGCUUCCCGAGAGGGGAUGCUGGGGAGGUUACGUCCCUGCUGAAGCUGAACAAGAAGCUGGCACGGAGUGUUGGGCACAUCUUUGAGAUGGAUGAUAAUGACAGCCAGAAGGAGGAGGAGAUCCGCAAAUACAGCAUCAUCUAUGGCCGCUUUGACUCUAAGCGGCGGGAGGGCAAGCAGCUCAGCCUGCAUGAGCUCACCAUCAAUGAGGCUGCUGCCCAGUUCUGCAUGAGGGACAACACACUCUUACUGCGAAGGGUAGAGCUCUUCUCCUUGUCACGACAAGUAGCCCGAGAGAGCACCUAUUUGUCCUCAUUGAAGGGAUCCAGGCUCCACCCUGAAGAAUUGGGAGGCCCCCCACUGAAGAAGCUGAAACAGGAGGUUGGAGAACAAAGUCACUCUGAAAUCCAGCAGCCUCCUCCAGGCCCUGAGUCCUAUGCACCCCCAUACCGCCCCAGCCUGGAGGAAGACAGCGCCAGCCUGUCCGGCGAGAGUCUAGACGGACAUUUGCAGGUGCCCAUGCCCACAGCUGUGGGGUCAUGCCCAAGGCUGACGCCGCCCCCUGCUGACCUGCCUCUGGCAUUGCCAGCCCAUGGGCUGUGGAGCCGCCAUAUCCUGCAGCAGACACUGAUGGAUGAGGGGCUGCGGCUAGCCCGCCUCGUCUCCCAUGACCGAGACCGCGUGGGCCGCCUCAGCCCCUGUGUGCCUGCAAAGCCGCCUCUUGCAGAGUUCGAGGAAGGGCUACUGGACAGAUGCCCUGCCCCAGGAACCCAUCCAGCUCUGGUGGAAGGUCGCAGGAGCAGUGUGAAAGUGGAGGCUGAGGCCAGUCGGCAGUGAGGGGUGGACUGGUGUCUUCAGACCCAGGUCCCCGGACUUCUGGCUCCCACAGAUCCCUAUAAUCUCGAUCCCUGGCAUCUAGUCACAACCCUGGAUGGUUCCGCUGCCCUUCUCCUGCCUCCCCACCUGCUCCAUGGGCGCAGGACUAUGGGGCUUUUAAGCAAUAACGAGCAAGGGCCUGGCGAGAGGACGCAAGGAGAGUGUGUGCUGCCCUACACCCUUGCCCAGAGCGCGGGGCAAGGACUGCCUCCAGAGCAUCUGGGAUCCUCCCCUCCCUCAUACAACACACUCCCAUUCUCUCUAGUUUGAACCAGUAGUGUGAGAAGUUGGAUUCAGUUUGGACAUGGGGGAAAGGGAGACUUCCCUGGGAAGGUCCAGCGGCUGAAAAUGGAAGCGUUUCUCCCCAGAAGUGGGGACCUGGGAACACUGGACCUGUUCCUCAUCUCCUCUGUUCCCCCAUUUUUGUGCUUCUAGUUUGUUUCUUUAAUUUAACGAGUGCUGCAGUUUACCCACCCAUCCCCAUCUUUCCCCUAAGUCCUCAGCAGUUCUUUUCCUCCUGCACUGCCCUCUCGGUGGGGGGAGGGGUGGUGGAUAUGGGGUCCCCUUCGUUGGUCCCCAUAGGAGACCUGGGUUGGACUCAGUGUCUCCUUCAGUAUCUCCCUCAGCUGGGGGCUAGACCGCAGCACCUGUUCGAGCAGUUAGAGCGUCUUUCUUUUCAGAUUGUGUACAGUAGAUUAUUUAUUUUGUUAUUUUGGAAUAAAAUUUAUUUUAUGGCUUAGGA